GUGGACCAAUGACAGCUGAGUGGAGACAACACUUCAGAUGUUUGCGGGAACAGUUGGAGUGUUUUUGGGCUUUAAAGCGAGAGAAGAAACGUUUAAAGGACAAUUUUCUACCUGUCAGCCCAUAGUUUCAGAGAAACAGUCACCAUGAAGUUUACACCCCGUCCUGUCAGAAAAUCUUCAUUUAGCAGCUUCAUCCUGACUAUCGUCUUGUUGCUGCAUUGCUGCCACAUAACCAGCAUUCUUGGCCAGAACUCUGAAGGUGCCUUAACUGUGGUGGAGAACACAGAGGAAGGUGAUGAAGAAGAGGAGGUGACAGUAGUUGAUGAUAACGAUGAAGAAGAUCUGGAAGUGGUCCAACCUACCGAGCAGUGGCAGACACUCAAACCAGACCAGGCAGUGCCACCUGGUUCCCAUGUGAGGCUGAACCUACAGACAGGAGAGAGGGAGGUCCGACUGGGAGAAGAGCAGCUGAAGUACUGGACUCAGGAGCACAGGGAGAAGGAGGAGACCCAGUCCUCCUUCAGUCCAGAUGAGCUAAAACGAGCCAUGAAGAAGAUAAAGGAGGAUCUGAGCCUCUCUGGCAAAGACACAAGUCCUCAGGAGUCUGUGAUAUCUAAGUAUCGUCCCCUGGAGGAGUUAAAGAAAGACAUGGCUCAGCUGGACAUGUUAGUUGAGACGGAUGUUCAGAUCAUGAGGCGCCUGCUGGACCAGUUCAACAGCAGCAACUCCACUACAGAGCAGAGACUUGGCAUCCUGCUGGAGCUGGAGUACAUGGUACAUCAGGUGGAUAACGCUCAGAACCUGUGUUCAAUGGGGGGUCUGCAGGUCGUUCUGGAAGGUCUGAACAGCUCUGACUUCAGGUUACAGGAAAACUCUGCCUUCGUCCUGGGAUCUGCUGUGUCCAGUAACCCGGUGGUUCAGGUGAAAGCUGUGGAGAGUGGCGCUCUGCAGACGCUGUUGACCACUCUGGCUACCGUACAGCCGCUCAAUGUCAAAAAGAAGGUUCUGUUUGCAGUAGCCUCCCUCCUGCGUCACUUCCCCUACGCUCAGCAUCACUUCCUGUCACAUGGAGGGCUGCAGGUCCUGUCAGAGCUGUUCAGGGCUGAUGGAGGCGGAGUUCUACGUACGCGCAUCGUCACCAUGCUGUAUGACAUGAUCAGUGAGAAGGAACUGAUCUCCCAGGCGGGUUUGGACUCAGUUCUGGAUGCCUCCCACGAGGAGCGGGUCCGUCAGUACUCCAAGGUGUCCCUGCAGGGGCAUCUGUUAGAGAAGGGCUGGUGCAGUCUGGUUCCUCAGCUGCUGGAGUCCACUGAGCACGACUACAGAGAGAAGGGUCUCCGAGCUUUGUUGGCGAUGGCUCCUGUAUGUUUGGAUCAGUACCGUUCAGACAGCGCUCUGCUGGACUCUCUGCUCUCUCUCAAAGACCAGUACCAGGAAAUGGUUCAGUCAGAAAUGAUUCUAGGGGAGGAGAACAGCUACUUUGCAGAGAUUGUGGAACUAAUAGAUGCGCUGCAAGUAAAAAUGAAAUGAGCAGGAGAUUGUACAUGGAUAUUAUAUACUAAUCCUUCACCACUCCUUAAGUGCAUCAACAACCACAGACAGACAAAAUGUUCAAACACGAGUAGCCUACUGCAUGUGAAUCAAGGAUAAGGAUCACAUGUUUGAAGACUUCGAGCAGACCCUGUAGAUGAUCAUUUUGAGCCUUAUCAUCUCCUCUGUCAUCCUGUUUGUGACCUGGAGGUUUUGAAGGGUGUUGCAAGUUUUACGAUGCAUGUGGAGGAGAGAGGAGGCUUCCUGAAGGAGCUAUGAGUGAGAAUGCACAGGUGUAUCCUCAUAUCUAUUGCAGAAGUUUUGUUUGCACACAUCACAUUUAAUUAAUAUCACUUUGAAACAACAGCGCUUCUCCACUUGCAUCUCACUUGGGAGGAACUAAGAUGUGAGAUGGGAACUGAGGGUGUACAAAGUGAGAAAUCAGAAGAUUGGUACGACCGGCUAAUUUCAUUGGUGGCCUUUCAGCUUUUGCAGGAGUAAAGGGGAUUAGGAUAGAUUUACCUUUUUUUCAAAAAUUGUUGUGGGAAUGUAUUUUUACUUUGUGCUGAUAAUUUAAAAAUAAAUUAUUUAAAAAUUA